AUGAGCAUCACAGAUGUUCUCAGCGCUGACGACAUUGCAGCAGCUCUGCAGGAGUGCCAAGACCCAGAUACUUUUGAACCCCAAAAAUUCUUCCAGACAUCAGGCCUUUCCAAGAUGUCGGCCAGCCAGGUGAAGGAUGUUUUCCGGUUCAUAGAUAACGACCAGAGUGGAUAUCUGGAUGAAGAGGAACUUAAGUUUUUCCUCCAAAAGUUUGAGAGUGGUGCUAGAGAACUGACCGAGUCAGAAACCAAGUCCUUGAUGGCCGCUGCGGAUAAUGAUGGAGACGGGAAAAUUGGGGCUGAAGAAUUCCAGGAAAUGGUGCAUUCUUAA